AUGAACUUCCAGGGGAGUCGGAGGCGAGGAGAGGAUGGCAUCGCUAUGGUGAUUGACUUCCUGCUGUCUAAUGCCCGGCUGAUUCUGGGAGUUGGUGGGGCUGCCAUGCUAGGAAUUGCUACACUGGCAGUGAAACGGCUGAUAGAGCGCGCAGGCCGUGCAGCCGAUGAUGAAAAGGUGGAGCAGAAGAUGGCUGAGAGCUGGGAGGAGUUGAGUCUGGUCUCUGCUUCCCCCACACUGAUCAAGAAGGGCAUAAAGGGUGUGGUGAUGAAACAUGUUGCCAAGGCAGCCAAACAGCAGAAAGCUGACCUGUGCCAACAACCUCAGAUGUCCUCUCUGGAGUCUAAACCGGAGUCAAAGUCCAAGAGGCUCCAGCUGUGCGUCCUCAGUUUGCAGGAGCGACUGCAGCAGUAUUAUCACACGAGGGCAGCACUAACUCCACAUGAGGUCCAGAGGGCUCAGUCUCAAGCUCUGGACAUCUGCACUGAGAUCCAGGGCUUUCUGCACAGCCGUCUUCCUGACAUGCCCCUGGGAGAAAUGAGCCUCGGAGGUUCUCUACUGGAUGACCUGCAGGUGGUUAGCGCGGACCAUGCAUGUCUGCUGGUGCCUCUACAGCUGGAAGCCUCUCUGUGGCGUCUCAUCCCGGGAGAGGAAACGCUGCUCACACACCCGCUGCACUGGAUGGUCCGCCGGGUCAAUCUGGAAUAUUUUCCCAGAGGACGCAGCUACUGGGACAGGUACCUGGUGGGUGGUUACCUGUCCGCAGAAGCUGUUGUGAACAUGUUUAGUAAAGCUGUCAUGGAAACUAUAAACUGGCCGUCCAUCAGCAGCACUCUGGACUGUCUCGUCAGACCUGUACUGGGAGGACCAGAGCUAAAACUGGAGAUUCGGCCUGGAAAUGAGUGGGCCGAGAGCAGUGAUCAGUCCCUGUUCAUCUCCAUGCUGCCUCUGCUGAGGGAGGGGGACGUGGUUCUGACCGCCCAGCCUGAGCUCACCUCUCCCUGGGUCAACGCCUGGCACCUGUCUCUCUACCCGUGGGAGACUCAGCGCCUGACUCAGCUCGACACCGCUGACGACGGAUACCGCAGACACACACUUAAAAUCCUCAAGGCUGCGUGCAGACUGAACCCUGCCCUGCGGCCGCUUCAAGCCGCCCCGCUUGCCAAUCUCAUCCUGCACCUCAGUGACAGUGAGAGCGACUGGUCCGAGAUCAGCGUUCAUGUGCGAUUCCAGCAGUGCAUCACAGAGCUGAUUGGCUACCUCGAACAAGAGGCGUUACACAGUUACUUCAAGCCAGCUGUCAAUCUGCUGAGCGGCUUGUCGGAGGACCAGGUGGACCAGAUGGGCUUCAUGCUCUACUGCGCUGUGUCAGAGCCUGAAAUAUUGCUCAUAUAACUGUCUGCACACACAUCUCUCAAGCUCUGACACACACACACACACACACACACACACACACACACACACACACACACACACACACACACACACACACACACACACACACACACACACACACACACACUUCUUCCCACUGUCUAUACUCUUUGGUGAGCCCCUCCGUCCGGCCUUGAUGCAAGGGAACAGGGUACAGUUGGAGUAACAAAAUGGCAGGCGCCAUGGACUGAUGUCUGAACUGGAGGAGGAGAAGCUACAGAGACAUUGCAGAUGUGAAAGUGAUAAUCAAGCUAUAAUAAUCACUCCGAGGAAAGGAGACGUGCCAAGGAAAGGAGCUGAGGAAGUGUUUAUCAAGAUGUUUGAAACGAUGCUUCAGGAUGUGCCUGACAUAAGUGUGCAUUUAAGUUUGCGUGAUUAUUAUUUUUCACAGGGAGUCGGUGAUGGUCAGCAUGGUCACAUACAGUUCAGUAUAUCUAUUAACAUCAGAGGACAGUCUAUUGCUGAAGUGCAUUCAUUCUUUCUAGCCUGUGUGCUCUGCAUUAUUACCUAAAUCUCUUUUAAUAUAUUCUAACUAUGCAGAAAAAUGAAUGACCUGCUGAAAACCAACAGGUUUUAAUGCACUUCUUAAACCAUUAAGUCUCUGAAUUGGACUUAUUUAUCGCCAAGUAUAUAUUUUAUCAUACUGGAGGUUAAAGUAUGCAGUAUUUUGUUUGUCUUGUUUAGUGUUCAGUCUGUUGUUUGGGUAAUAACCCUUUAGAUUAUGAUUAAAGUUGCCUAACCAUUUUAUGCAUUUGCUUUUAAAUACCGUAUGAAUGUUGUGGCCAUUUCUUCAGUUAAAAAUUGAUUUUCUGUGAUUGAAGAGUGAAACUGCUAAUAACAAUUAAAACGCUUGUUUAGA